AUGCCCCGAACCACUCGACUCACUCCGCAAGAGAAAUUACGCAAGGAAGCUCAAGAAGUGGAAGUGCUGAGGCAAGCUGUGAUUGAACACACUCCUCCCAGAGGAAUAAAUCCAUUGGCCAAGUCAAGUGGGAGCUCCUCUUCUUCUUCUUCCGUAUCCUCGGAGGUCAUUCCGGGAAAGUUUACGAAAUUUUCUGAAUUGCCCAUUUCGCAAUAUACCAAAGAUGCUUUGAAGAAGGCUGGAUUUGCUCAUAUGAAAGAUAUUCAAAAGGCUUCAUUAUUAUAUUCUCUAGGUGGAAGAGAUAUUUUGGGUGCUGCCAAGACUGGAUCUGGUAAAACCCUUGCUUUUAUUAUCCCUGUUUUGGAAUUAUUAUAUAGAAAAAGAUGGGGAAAACUUGAUGGUCUCGGAGCAUUAAUAUUGGUUCCUAAUAGAGAAUUGGCACAUCAAAUAUUUGAAGUUUUAAAACUUUGCGGACGAUAUCAUCACUUUAGUGCUGGAUUACUCGUAGGAGGUACAAAGAAUUUGAAAGAAGAGAAGGAACAUAUCUGCAGUAUGAAUAUUCUUGUUGCGACACCUGGUCGAUUACUUCAACACAUGGAUGAAACUCCUGGAUUUACUUGUACAAAUUUACAAAUUCUUGUUUUGGAUGAGGCUGAUCGAUUAUUAGAAUUUGGAUUCAAGAAGGAAAUUAAUGCAAUUUUGGAAGGUCUACCAAAGAGCAGACAAACCCUAUUAUUCAGUGCUACCCAAACUAAAGACAUUAAGGACUUGGCAAGACUUUCUCUCAGUAAGACUAAUACUGAAUAUAUAUCUGUGCAUGAAGCAGAACCUGUACCGAAACAACUCACUCAACACUAUAUCGAAUGUGAAUUGCAAGACAAAAUUGAUAUUUUAUUUUCCUUUUUGAAGAGUCAUCAAACCAAAAAGACAAUAGUAUUUGCCUCAACUGUAAAGCAAGUUGCAUUUUUGUACACAGCAUUCAAGCAACUUCCAAUCCCUGUUAAAAUGUUCAAAUUGGCUGGAAGAAUGUCACAAGCAGUAAGAAGAGAAAUGCACGAGGGUUUCACGUCUUCUAAAGCUGCUGUAUUAUUCGCAACAGAUAUUGCAGCUCGUGGUUUGGACUUUCCUCGAGUAGAUUUUGUGCUUCAACUUGACGCCCCAGUGUCAAAAGCAUUUUAUAUUCACCGAAUGGGAAGAACUGCCAGAAAUGAUGCUGAUGGUAAAUCCAUUGUGUUCAUCAUGCCACAAGAAAAGGAGCUUCUUUCCUUCCUUUUUGAUAAGGAUAGCUUAGAAACGAGCUCAUUGAAAGAGAUGAAAAUUAAUCCAGACAAAAUUGUUACAAUACGGCAACAAUUAGCAGCUCUUGUUUCACAUGACCCUACCUUGAAGCAAGCUGCCAUGAAAUAUUUCCAAACUUAUAUCAAACACCUUUACAAACAUUACGGCUAUGAAUUGGAUAUCAAGUCAUUGAAUCUGGAUGGUUUUGCUGUCAAAUUGGGAUUGGCUCUAAAACCAACCCUGAUUUUGAAUCCAAACGAUCGAAUGAAAAAAGAGAUUCGUCUCAAUAUGACCGAGGAUGACAUGGAUGAUGAAUCCGACAACGAUAGUGAUGAAGAUGACAACGAUGAUGACGAUGACUCGUCCAGUGACUCUAGUGAUGAUUCCUCAAGCGAUGAAGAAAUAGAAAACUUAUCAAAACUUGGUAAAAAAGCCCUACUUACAAAACGGCUGUCACUUGACGAAAGAGAUGAGGAGGAUGAAGAGGACAAUGAUGUGGAUUAUGACAGUACCGAAGGUGAUGAACUAGAAAUGAGUAAUAGCAAGGAUGAAAGUGACGAUGAAAAAGAUGCAGAAAUACAAUCAAAAAUUGACAACAUUCCAAUCGACGAUGGCGACGAUGAGGUUGAAUAUAAGGUGGAAUAUGAUCCAAAUGCAUCCUCUGAUGAUGAUGACGACGACGAUAUUAGUAGUAGUGAUUCUUCUAAUGAUGACGAAGAUGACGAAAACAAAGAUGAACCAGCCACAAACGAAGACGACAACACAGACAAAAAAUCAAAAAAGAAACUUUCAAAAAUUGACAAAUAUUUACAGAGAAAAGCUCAACUUGACAAACAAUCCAUUGUGAUAGGAGAGGAGCCAUCUCAGGAGGAGGAUUUUUUCUAUGUCAAACGAUCCAACCACAAACUGGAUGAAAAAGAUGAUGUUCCAAUCUAUGUCAAUAAGAAAAAGUUUAUACAACAAGUCGACAGUAAGAAACAUAUUAUAUUUAAUAAGGACGGAAAGAAAACUACAAAAUUCGAGAGCAUCAUUAACGAAAUUAAGAAGAACAAUUCAGAAAACACUACCAAAGAUCGCUCCGAUUUUUUAAAGGAAAUCAAAUCCAGAAUGAAACACAAGGACGAAGCAGACAAGCAACACGAGAAGGAAAGACUAAAACAAAAGAAGGAAACACUGAAAAAGAGAGACCAAGAACUUGCAGAGCUUAGAAGAAAAGCUGACCUUUUGGAGGAGGAUCCUUUUGAUUAUCAACGCGUGUUAAAAUCCAAUGCAAACAAGCAUGUCACAGUGGAUGAUGCUCUUCCGGAAGAGGAAGAUGUUGAUGAAUCCUAUGAAGGAUUUGUGAAGGCAAUGGAACAGGCCCCCGAAAAACCAACAUCAACAACACAAAAAUUAAAAGAAAAGGAAGAAAAAGAAAAGCAAAUUAAGGAACAAGUGGAAGAAAAGAAACGAAAAUUCGACGAGCUUAUGGCAUCACAGCAACAACUCGCUGACAAGAAAGGGUCUAAUUCAAUCUCAACAGGUGCUCCAACAAAGAAGAAGAAACAAGUUAUUGGACUCGACGAAGCUGAAGAAAUGGCUCUCAAGCUUCUCGAAAAUAAACUGUAG